AUAUCAUAAUUUCAAAAUCUGUUUUCAAGGUAGGUCUAGACUUUAAGGAAACUGAAAUACGUCAAUACAUAGUUUUAGUCAUUUUUAUCAAAAGAGAAAAUGUGAAACUAUAGUUGAGCUGUGAAAGUGGGUCUAGGCUAACCCAACACAAAAACGUAUUGAAAAACAGAGAACAGAGGCCUGCUAUUAUAUUUUCAAUUCAAUUAAUCUAUAUUGCAAUCAAUAUAGUACCGAAUACUAUAGUAUAACUCAAAUUAGCAGAAUGUUAUCUUUAUUAAGCAACACACAAGAGAUUACAUUCUGUCUGACUACAAAUGUAAGACUGCUGUUUUCGGAGGGGAAGACACAGCACCAAAAACGAACCACAAAAGAAAUGUUUAUGAUUAGGUAGGGUUUAGGCCUAAUCUGGUCCCAAGUAUUUAUGAGCCGUAGGUUGGUCAAGAUGCUUGUCUUCUCACCCCAGAGUCCUGUAAUCAAAUCCUGACAAGUAAGUUUUCUCAUGACCAAAAACAACACCCCUCUCCAAGCAUUAUAAAAAUUAUAAUGUAGAGCAUUCUUCAUGUUCCUGUUGUGAAAUGGAAUAUAUAACACAGUGAUAUAUUUAAUAUGGGCAAUCAUUGGCCUAUGUGCUUAUAAUCAAUAUUUUUUAGUGAGAAGAGAAGUGAGAAAAAAAAAAAAAAGAAGAAAAUUACACAAAAGGAAUAUUUUAGUAAUAUCAUCCUGGCCCUAAGAAUAAGAAUAAGACUUGGGAUAAUAAUUAAUCGGAACCACAACGAAAACAGUGACUUCCAAAGUAAAUUUUAAAAAAAAAACAUUCCAAACAUUUAUCAUAAAUAUGUUGCUUGGUUAAUCUGAUCUAAAGAAAAAACAACUAAUGAAAGUUAAUAUAUAUAAAUAAAUUAAUAUACUGUAUAAAUAUAUGCAAAAACAAUUAAAUAUAUACAUUAAUAUAUCAUUUUCAAUAAUUCUUAACAUUUCUAGCAUUCAUAUUUAGUUAGAAAUGUUAAAGGAAAUGGUAAGGUUACAAGUUCAAACAGUUUCGAAUCGAUAAAAUAGAUACCACUGGCUUUAGAAUCAAUACCACGGGUCAAUGAGCAUAGGUAGACAACGCCCACCAGUGACGUAUAAACCUAGACACACAAAAUUGAACGUUAAAGGCAGCUGUGUUGUCCCUACGUACUGUCACUGAAUUUCUGUCAAUCAACAUAAAUUGGGUUUAAGACCUAGAACACUACAGUUUAAUAUAUUGAGAGUAUAGCACAUUUUCAAAUACCGUUUUUCAGUAAUAGGCUUAUUAUAGACCUGGUGCUGUAAGCCAAUGUAAUAAGUCUUCAAAAGUGGAGGAUUUAGAGAGAGAGGGGGCUUUUGGAAAGUCAAAAAGAAAGGAAAGGAAAAGGUCAAAAGGCCACAGAGGUUAUUUUCAGGCGUCUAGAACUUGAAAUUUUCUGGGGAAUUCCCCCGGACCAACUAGGGUAUUGUUAUCUCGAUUGGCCCCACUUUCCGUCCCCUUCUGACCAACCCCCUUUUGGACAACUCUGGAUCCGCCCCUGCUUAAAACUUUUUGAAAUAUAAGAACGUUAUAGUACCUGAAGUUCAAUUUUUUGUACUCAGCAAAAAAGAGAUAUGGAUACAACGUUGGCUGUACAUUUACCCUCUCACAACUAUAUUGUAAUAAUAGUACUGUCCCUAUGUGUUCACUGAACCAAAUCAUUAAAGGUACAGAUUAGGGUUUUUACCUAAAGUAUUUAAAGGUUCAUUCUGUUAAAUAUAAAUCAUAAUAGAAACUUACUCUGUCGUGUGGUUUCGUGUCUUGGGCAGCAGACAGCUGUAAACAAUAACAAACAAAUUUUGAGUACAUCUGAUGUAUACAGAAACAAAAGAUUAACAAAAUUAAAAUACUGUACUUUAACUAUCCUGCAAUUAUAAUAAAGUUUGAAGAUUCAAACCUUCCAUACUGAGACAUUCUUGGGUAUAUAUAAAUUAUUUGGUUUUGGCAGAUAAAAUGAUAUUAAAAUAAAAGACAAAAUACAAUAACAUAAAAGAAUAAAAUGGAAAAGGAUCAAAUGAAGAAAUUAGAAACGUUAUUUCAACAUAAUGGAUACACAGUCAUGAAGCUUAGGACAUAUAAUUCUGAUACUUGUGAAUGUACAAAGAUAAUUUGUAAUCAAUCAAUAGUAAUAAUAGGUUUAUUAAAGGCCUAUCCUAAGAAUACUAAUUGAAACCAUUCAGCAUGUUAACUAGUUUUUUUAUGGUUAUAACAUUCAUGGUGUUGAGGUAGUUAGUAAAUUUUUAAACCAUUUAAAAAAAUUUUUGCCAUGGAAAUGAAUUAUUUUGCAUGUUUUUCUUUCUUCCGUUAGUUUAAUUCUAAUUCCACAAAAACAGCAAAAAACACUAUCAACAAGGUUUCUUCAAAUAUUGUGCUAUUUCUAGAAUAAGCAUUUGUAUGUUGUAUGGGAUGGUAUGACAGCAUACAGUACCUGGCAAAUAAGGGUUGAAAGUUCAAAAUAUCUGAAAUUAAUUGAUUUAUUUGGUGCCCUACCAAAACAUAUCAAUAUCACACGGUUCAGUGAACUUCAAAAGUCAAUGAAACCGUAGGCCUACCUGUUUAAUACUUCAGAAUAUAGAAGUACUAGACACAGCUAUUGGAUUUCUCUUACACUACUUGUAUUCAAUUUUGAACAAUAAGCAUACAGUAGUAUACUUUCGAACUCUGCUUUUAAGUGUUUCAAACUAGCUAUAGCUAUGUUCAACACAAAAUUAGUGUCAAAUGCAUGAAGACUGAAGAACAAGAAGAACAUAUCAAGAAAACAAUGAAGGUUGAAAGUUCAGAAUUAAUCAAAGGUAAUCCCAUGGUUCAGUGAGUAUUGGUACCAGUCAACGCUGCCAUAUAUACUUGCAAGCUACCACUAAAACACUAAGGGAUAGAGAUGCAGUGCAGUAAAUUUUGAGGUUUUGAGAACUACAAACACUGUACAAAAAACAUGGAGAAAGUUGGAAAUGAAGUAAGUAAGCUGACAGAGGCUGAUAACAUUAGCAGAACUGAUGAUGAACAUGUUGUCUUAGGACUCCAGGAAGUAUUUAAAAUUACCAAUGAUUUAGACCAACUAACAACAGAAACUGAAGAACAACUGGACUUGCUAGUUCAAUAUGCAGAGGACAAGGAAGAAUUAGAAAACAGACUUAAAGAAAAGAUGAAAAUGAUUACAACCUUAGAAACUGAAAACAUGGAUCUACGCAUGAAAAUUGAAGAACAAGAAGAACAUAUCAAGAAAAUGGAAGAUGAUUUUGAAGAAAAAAUUAAACGAAAAUGUGAUGAAAAUGCUGAUUUAGGAAUUGAAAAUGAUUCUUUAAAAAAAUUUAAAGGAGAAGAAGUUAAUGAUAGGGAAAAAGUAAGAAGUGACUUGAAUAAUGAAAUCAAGCAUUUACGCAAUAAAAUAGAAGAAAAAGAAAAAGAAAUUAGAGAGUUGAAACUUGAACGUGAGGAUCUGCAGACUGAUUUAAGGAGAAGUUUACAAAGAAGAGUUUCAAGGGAAAUGGAAAAUGAAACAUUAAAAGCAGGGAAUGCUAAGAUAAAUGAACAGAAGAAAGCAAAAGAUAAGACAAUUCGAGAAUUAUCCCGUAAAGACAAAAAAAGUAGGGAUUUGAUAAAGAAUAUUGAAGAAGAAAAUGAAAAUCUACAGAAACAAAUUAGACAAUUGAAAGUAACUAUGGGAAAAGUGGAAAAGGAGCAAAAGUAUGCUAACAGAAAAUUGAGAGAAGAAUAUGAGAAAGCACAGACAAACAAUGAUAGGAAAUUUCAAGAAUUAUUAAAGAAAGAAAAAGAAAAUGAAGAUUUCUGGAAAAAAAGUCAAGCAGAAAAUGAGCACCUUAAAGAAGAGUGUAGAGAAUUAGAACUAAACAUGAGGAAUGAGGUGAAAGAGCAAAGGAAUGCCAACAGAAAGUUACGAGAAGAUUUUGAGAAAGCACAAACAAUAAAAGACAGGAAAAUCAAACAUUUGAACGGUGAGAUCGUUACAUACGAAAAUCAAAGGAAAGAAUCAAGGGUUAAGAUAUUCAGAUCGAAUAUGACAAUUCAAUUUUCUCUGAUACUUGGUGUUAUAUUAAUGGUUUUGCUUUUUACAAAUGUCUAAGUUAGCAGUCACAAUUCUUAUAAAAGUAUAAAGAUGGUCCAAAACAGACUGUAAACAUGAAAGAUUUAAUAUGGUACUAGGUUUCUAUGCCUUUCAAGAAAUUGCCAAUAGACGUUGAAUAAAACGAAUAAGAUGAAGAGACAGAAAAAAAACAGUGGCGGUGCUAGCGGGGCAUUUUCCCAAACCAGAUAAUUUUCUUUCCCCUCUCCAGUUUGUCCCCACAAAAAGAGGAAGAACCACAAUUCAUCGUUGAGAAAAAAAAAAUGAUACGUAUUUUCUACAUAUUAGUAGAUCUAUCUAUAAAAUUGAUGAAAUAAACCUCUGACACCGCUAAAUUGCCAUAGUUUUCAGGGACUUCGCCACCUGGACCACUAUCGAGACAUUAUGAGCGACACCCGACCACGCCCACUUUGGGUCGCUCCAGCAUAUUCCCCGCCCCCCUAAAAUUUUAUCUUUCCCCACCACCUAGACUUUAGAUAGAUGCUCGAAAAAAUGAACGAUUAGUUGGAUGAGCAAAGAUGAGUUUUAAGUCUAGCCUUAAAUAUCUUUAUAUGCUUUAUGUUUGGAAUAUUUCAACACCUGAAUAAUGUCUCAUGUAGAUGAUUAUGAUUAAAUUAUGUGAUGCAGAUCAUUAGGCCAAAAGAAAAGUUUGUAGCCCAAGUUCAACUGACCUAAAAUCUCCAAAAACAUCUAAAGUCAAGCAAAACUUUUCCCUAAGAGCCAAACGUACUUGAAUUGUGUAUGAAAAUAUACUUUUAAAGAUUUAAUAUUUUUGAUAGCUUAACCAUGGUUUUUAGCCUUUUGGAUACCAUUUAUCCACCACGUUAAGAACCUGAUUUUCAAUGUCCACUCUGUUUGGACAACACUACGAUUUUUAUGGCCUUAUGAUUGAUACAUUAUUAUGAAGUGGAUGAUUAUCAUUCGUUAACGUAUGUCAUUCAUAUCAUUAUUUUUUUUCUCUGUUUUAUGACUCUAAAUGAAUCAGUGUUAAGAUAUUUUGUAAAUAAUGCUUCAUAAAUUAAAUAAGCAAAAAUAAUAAAGGACUUAUUUACACAGAUUGUGCUCAAUGUAGAUUAAUUUUCUAAAAAAUUGGGGAGGGGGAGGGGACUUAAUAUCAUUGAUUAACUUUUGCUGAGCAUUUAGACACAUGUAUUGAGUGGAAGAUAAAGAUCCUUUCACACAUUGUGUAAAUGGAUUGCACUCUGCAACAUAACAAAAUGUUUUGCUGCAGUUUUGUGCCGCUCGGUGUAAAUAGACCUUUAAGAGUAGGCAACAUUUCCAUAAAGAGCAACCUCAUGCCCUCCAGAAUAUAACUACAAAAGGCAGUCCUUUGAAAAGCAAGAGUAUAACAAAAUAUAUACUAGAACUUAUUUUCUGUAUUAAAGAAACAUCUAUGCCUUGUUUUCAUGUAAGUGCAAAAAAGAAGAUAUUUAUUUCUGUGCUAUCCAUCCUAAAAGUGUUAACAAUCAUUCUGAAUUGUAUAUCAUUAUUGCCUCACAACUCUGUUAUAUACAAAAAUAAAUACUAUAUUUAUAAUAUUUUAAGUCUCAAAAAGCAAUAUAUUAUAAUAGUAAUUAAAUUUUCUUUAUCUUUUUUGUGCAAGUGCUAAAUGAUCUUAAUUAUCACAGUGCUAUCCCUCCCAAACCUGUCCUCAAGUGUAUAUAAUAUUGCUCAAAACUCUGUAAUAUAUUAAUUUUUCAUAGUCUCAGACUAAUAAAUUAUUUGUAAUUUUAUUUUCUUGGAUACUUUAUUAGGCUUAAACAAUUUGAAACUUAUAACAGUACUGGUAUCUAAUAGCUACCAUUCUCAAAUGAGUGGAAUCCUGAAAGUACUACAUAUCUCCAGACUGCUGACUGAUGGUAGUGUAUUUUAGAUAAUUAUUAGUAGCAGGCCUACAUUGUACAUUUUGUACAUUGGUACAAAAAUACCAAUUACAGUGCACCCUCCAAUUUGAGAACACUUUUUCAAAGAACCAAUUAACAAUCUUCAAUCUAUCACUAACACU